AUGAGUUGCCUCGCUACCCGCCCUCUCUUGCCUUUGGGCCGCCGCCUCAUCACCAGCCGCGCUCGCCUUAGUACCGCCGCGCUUGGCUCCCUCGACAUUGGCUUUGGAAAUGGCAUGUCCAUGCCACCGGGAUUCAACAUCAACGUCGCCCGCAAGCAGCCAAGAAUCCAGCCACCCACCAACGUCGCCGCCGCCGCCGAGAAGAUCCGCACUCGUGAUGAUUUGGGCAAGACCAUGCCCCCGGGCUACAAGGCUCAAGUCGCCCAUCUCGAGACCUUCCAACUCCCAGAAAAGAUCACUGGAUCUGCCAGCGACCGCGCGCUUGGAAAGGCCAUCAUUGACACCUGGCGCCAAGAGGGAAUCAUCCAAAUCGCCCAGAACGAUCUGCAGAAGAAGCUAUGGAACGACGCCAAGACCGCUAGCAAGCGCUUCUUCCGGAAGCCCGCGGCCGAGAAGGCGGCUUGUGUUGACUCGCAGAGCUACGCCGGUUACAUCGCAUCCGGCGAGGAGGUGACGGACGGCAUCGCUGACUACUCGGAGAUUUUCACCAUCACCAAGGAUCUCGACUUGGAAGAGCCGCGCGUCCGGGCAAAGUGGCCAUGCCAUGGCCCUUGCCCCUGGCCCGAUGUGGAGAUGAAGGAGCCGAUGAUGAACUAUGUCGACAACCUCGGGCUUGAGGGCGAGAAGAUUCUCCAGUUGGCCGAGUUCGGUCUGGGCGUUGCUCCCGGUACACUUACGCAGUACACCCGUGAUGGCUGGCAUCAUACAAGGGUCCUUCGCUUCCCACCCCGCAACGGUACCAACGGAAAGGGCAAAGAAGGCCGAGGCAUCGGCUCGCACACGGACUACGGCCUUCUUGUCAUCGCCGCUCAAGACGAUAUCGGCGGUCUCUUCAUUCGCCGACCUCGGGACGACGAGAAGUUCGCAAACUGGAAGAAGUCGGCUGCCGGCCACAAGGAGGACGCCGAAGGGUGGUUCUACGUACCGCCCGUCGAUGGAGUGCACACAGUCAUCCUCGGCGAUAUGAUGCAGUACCUCACCAACAACUACCUUACUGCGACGCCGCACAAGGUCGGGCUCAACACUCGCGAGCGCUUCGUCAUGGCCUACUUCCAUGAGCCCUCGUUCCAGGCUGUUAUCAAGCCCAUCAAUGAGGGUUGCGGCGGCAUGCGGACCGACCCGGAGCAAUCUGAUGAGGGAGUCCACUACGGAACCCACUUCACAAACAUGUUCAUGCGCAACUAUCCGGAUCGCAUCACCACCAAGAGGCUGUUGGCGGAGAACCGCUAUGAGAAGCUGUCGAAGCCAGAGUUGAGGACCAUGGAUGCCAUUCCCGAGCCUGAGCUCGAUUAA